GGGCGUGGGGCGCGGAGCUGCGGCGCGGCGCGGCUGGGAUUCUCCAAGCGGCCGUGCGCCGUUGCCGCGGGCUGUGCACGGGCCGCGGGCGAGCCGGGCGCUGCGCAGUCUCCGCAGGCGCCGCCGGGAGGGGUCGGGGCGCGGCGCGGCGCGGCGCGGGCGGCUCCGGGCCCAGGUGAAUGGAGUAGCCUGACAGCGCGGACAAGGCGACGGCGAGCGGCAGGAAAUGGCGGCGGCGGCGGCGGCGCCGGGCGGCACCGAGAGGCCUGGGCUGUGACGCGCGCGCCGGAGCGGGGUCCGAUGGUUCUGGAAGGCCCGCGGCGCCCCGUGCUGCAGUAAGCUGUGCUAGAACAAAAAUGCAAUGAAAGAAACACUGGAUGAAUGAAAAGCCCUGCUUUGCAACCCCUCAGCAUGGCAGGCCUGCAGCUCAUGACCCCUGCUUCCUCACCAAUGGGUCCUUUCUUUGGACUGCCAUGGCAACAAGAAGCAAUUCAUGAUAACAUUUAUACGCCAAGAAAAUAUCAGGUUGAACUGCUUGAAGCAGCUCUGGAUCAUAAUACCAUCGUCUGUUUAAAUACUGGCUCAGGGAAGACAUUUAUUGCAGUACUACUCACUAAAGAGCUGUCCUAUCAGAUCAGGGGAGACUUCAGCCGAAAUGGAAAAAGGACUGUGUUCUUGGUCAACUCUGCGAACCAGGUUCCUCAACAAGUGUCAGCGGUCAGAACUCAUUCAGAUCUCAAGGUUGGGGAAUACUCAAACCUAGAAGUGAAUGCAUCUUGGACGAAAGAGAGAUGGAACCAAGAGUUUACUAAGCACCAGGUUCUCAUUAUGACUUGCUCUGUCGCCUUGAAUGUUUUGAAAAAUGGGUACUUAUCACUAUCAGACAUUAAUCUUCUGGUAUUUGAUGAGUGCCAUCUCGCGAUUCUAGACCACCCCUAUCGAGAAAUUAUGAAGCUGUGUGAAAAUUGUCCAUCAUGUCCUCGCAUCUUGGGACUAACUGCUUCCAUUUUAAAUGGGAAAUGUGAUCCAGAGGAAUUAGAAGAAAAGAUUCAGAAACUGGAGAAAAUUCUUAAGAGUAAUGCGGAAACUGCAACUGACCUGGUGGUUUUAGACAGAUACACUUCUCAGCCAUGUGAGAUUGUGGUGGAUUGUGGACCAUUUACUGACAGAAGUGGGCUUUAUGAAAGACUGCUGAUGGAAUUAGAAGAAGCACUUACUUUUAUCAAUGACUGUAAUAUAUCUGUACAUUCAAAAGAAAGAGAUUCUACUUUAAUUUCUAAACAGAUUCUAUCAGAUUGUCGUGCAGUAUUGGUAGUUCUGGGACCCUGGUGUGCAGAUAAAGUAGCUGGAAUGAUGGUAAGAGAACUUCAGAAAUAUAUCAAACAUGAACAAGAAGAGCUGCACAGGAAAUUUUUAUUGUUUACAGACACUUUCCUAAGGAAAAUACAUGCACUAUGUGAAGAGCAUUUCUCACCUGCCUCACUUGACCUGAAAUUUGUAACUCCUAAAGUAAUAAAACUCCUUGAAAUCUUGCGCAAAUAUAAACCGUAUGAGCGACAGCAGUUUGAAAGUGUUGAGUGGUAUAAUAAUAGAAAUCAGGAUAAUUAUGUGUCUUGGAGUGAUUCUGAGGAUGAGGAUGAGGAUGAAGAAAUUGAAGAAAAAGAAAAGCCAGAGACAAAUUUUCCUUCUCCAUUUACCAAUAUUUUAUGUGGAAUUAUUUUUGUGGAAAGAAGAUACACAGCAGUUGUCCUAAACAGGUUGAUAAAGGAAGCUGGCAAACAAGAUCCAGAGCUGGCUUAUAUCAGCAGCAACUUUAUAACUGGACAUGGCAUUGGGAAGAAUCAGCCUCGAAACAAGCAGAUGGAAGCAGAGUUCAGAAAACAGGAAGAGGUACUUAGGAAAUUUCGAGCACAUGAGACCAACCUGCUCAUUGCAACAAGUAUUGUAGAAGAAGGCGUUGAUAUACCAAAAUGCAACUUGGUGGUUCGUUUUGAUUUGCCCACAGAGUAUCGCUCCUAUGUUCAAUCUAAAGGAAGAGCAAGGGCGCCAAUUUCUAAUUACAUAAUGUUAGCAGAUACAGACAAAAUAAAAAGUUUUGAAGAAGACCUUAAAACCUACAAAGCUAUUGAAAAGAUCUUGAGAAACAAAUGUUCCAAGUCAGUGGACACGGGCGAGGCUGAUGUUGAUCCUGUCGUGGACGAUGACGAUGUUUUCCCACCCUAUGUGCUGCGGCCAGAUGAUGGGGGCCCCCGAGUCACAAUCAACACGGCCAUCGGACACAUCAAUAGAUACUGUGCUAGGUUACCAAGCGAUCCAUUUACUCAUCUAGCUCCCAAGUGUAGAACCCGAGAGUUGCCUGAUGGUACAUUUUAUUCAACCCUUUAUCUGCCGAUCAAUUCACCUCUGCGAGCCUCCAUCAUUGGCCCACCAAUGAGUUGUGUAAGAUUGGCUGAAAGAGUUGUAGCUCUCAUUUGCUGUGAAAAACUGCACAAAAUUGGUGAACUGGAUGAACAUUUGAUGCCAGUUGGGAAAGAGACUGUUAAAUAUGAAGAAGAGCUUGAUUUGCAUGAUGAAGAAGAGACCAGUGUUCCAGGGAGACCAGGCUCCACAAAACGAAGGCAGUGCUACCCAAAAGCAAUUCCAGAGUGUUUAAGGGAUAGUUACCCCAAACCCAAUCAGCCCUGUUACCUGUAUGUGAUAGGCAUGGUCUUAACCACGCCGUUACCUGACGAACUCAACUUCAGAAGGCGGAAGCUGUAUCCCCCGGAAGACACGACGAGAUGCUUUGGGAUCCUCACAGCCAAGCCCAUACCUCAGAUUCCUCACUUUCCUGUGUACACACGCUCUGGAGAAGUCACCAUAUCCAUUGAGUUGAAGAAAUCUGGCUUCACGUUGUCUCUGCAAAUGCUUGAGUUGAUUACAAGACUUCACCAGUAUAUAUUCUCACAUAUUCUUCGGCUUGAAAAACCUGCACUAGAAUUUAAGCCUAUAGAUGCUGAUUCAGCAUACUGUGUUCUACCUCUUAAUGUUGUUAAUGACUCCAGCACUUUGGACAUUGACUUUAAAUUUAUGGAAGAUAUUGAGAAAUCUGAAGCUCGCAUAGGCAUUCCCAAUACCAAGUAUUCAAAGGAAACACCAUUUGUUUUUAAAUUAGAAGAUUACCAAGAUGCAGUUAUCAUUCCAAGAUACCGUAAUUUUGAUCAGCCUCAUCGAUUUUAUGUAGCUGAUGUGUACACUGAUCUUACCCCACUCAGUAAAUUUCCUUCCCCUGAGUAUGAAACUUUUGCAGAGUAUUAUAAAACAAAGUAUAACCUUGACCUGACCAAUCUCAACCAGCCACUGCUAGAUGUGGACCACACAUCUUCCAGACUUAAUCUUUUGACACCUCGGCAUUUGAAUCAGAAGGGAAAAGCACUCCCUCUCAGCAGUGCUGAAAAGAGGAAAGCCAAAUGGGAAAGUCUGCAGAAUAAACAGAUACUGGUUCCGGAACUCUGUGCUAUCCAUCCAAUCCCUGCAUCACUGUGGAGAAAAGCAGUUUGUCUCCCCAGCAUACUUUAUCGCCUUCACUGCCUUUUGACUGCAGAGGAGCUGAGAGCCCAGACAGCUGGUGACGCUGGUGUGGGAGUCAGGUCACUUCCUGCAGAUUUUAGAUACCCUAAUUUAGACUUUGGAUGGAAAAAAUCUAUUGACAGCAAAUCUUUCAUCUCAAUUUCUAAUUCCUGUUUGGCUGAAAGUGAUAAUUACUGUAAACACAGCACAAUUGUAGUCCCUGAAAAUGCUGCACAUCAAGGUGCUAAUAGAACCUCCUUAGAAAAUCAUGACCAAAUGUCUGUGAACUGCAGAGCGUUACUCAGCGAGUCACCUGGUAAGCUCCAAAUUGAGGUUUCAACAGAUCUUACGGCAAUUAAUGGUCUUUCUUACAAUAAAAAUCUUGCCAAUGGCAGUUACGAUUUAGCUAACAGAGACUUUUGCCAAGGAAAUCAGCUGAAUUACUACAAGCAGGAAAUACCUGUACAACCAACUACCUCAUAUCCCAUUCAGAAUUUAUACAAUUAUGAGAACCAGCCCAAGCCCAGCGAUGAAUGUACUCUACUGAGUAAUAAAUACCUUGAUGGAAAUGCUAACACAUCUACCUCAGAUGGAAGUCCCGUGAUGGCUGCCAUUCCCGGUACGACAGAUGCGAUCCAAGUGCUCAAGGACAGGAUGGAUUCGGAGCGGAGCUCUUCUCUUGGGUACUCCUCAAGGACUCUUGGCCCCAAUCCCGGACUGAUUCUUCAGGCUUUGACUUUGUCCAAUGCUAGCGAUGGGUUUAAUCUGGAGCGGCUUGAAAUGCUUGGUGACUCCUUUUUAAAGCAUGCCAUCACCACAUAUCUAUUUUGCACUUACCCUGACGCUCAUGAGGGCCGCCUUUCAUAUAUGAGAAGCAAAAAGGUCAGCAACUGUAAUCUGUAUCGCCUUGGCAAAAAGAAGGGACUGCCCAGCCGCAUGGUGGUGUCAAUAUUUGAUCCCCCUGUGAAUUGGCUUCCUCCUGGUUAUGUGGUAAAUCAAGACAAAAGUAACACUGAUAAAUGGGAAAAAGAUGGAAUGACAAAAGACUGCAUGUUAGCUAAUGGCAAACUGGACGAUGACUAUGAGGAGGAGGAGGAGGAGGAGGAGGAGGAGGAGGAGGAGGAAGAGGAUUUGAUGUGGAGGGCACCAAAGGAGGAAGCCGAGUACGAAGACGAUUUCCUGGAGUACGAUCAGGAACAUAUCAAGUUUAUAGAUAACAUGUUAAUGGGAUCAGGAGCUUUUGUAAAGAAAAUUUCUCUUUCUCCCUUUUCGACCACUGAUUCUGCGUAUGAAUGGAAAAUGCCCAAAAAAUCUUCCUUAGGUAGUAUGCCAUUUUCAUCAGACUUUGAGGAUUUCGACUACAGCUCUUGGGAUGCAAUGUGCUAUCUGGAUCCUAGCAAAGCUGUUGAAGAGGAUGACUUUGUGGUGGGCUUCUGGAAUCCAUCAGAAGAAAACUGUGGUGUUGACACAGGAAAACAGUCCAUUUCUUACGACCUGCACACCGAGCAGUGCAUUGCUGACAAAAGCAUAGCGGACUGUGUGGAAGCCCUGCUGGGCUGCUAUUUAACCAGCUGUGGUGAGAGGGCCGCUCAGCUUUUCCUCUGUUCACUGGGGCUGAAGGUGCUCCCGGUAAUUAAAAGGACUGGCCGGGAAAAGGCCCUGUGCCCUGCUCGGGAGAAUUUCAGCAGCCAACAAAAGAGCCUUUCAGGGAGCUGUGCCUCCGCCGCUGCAGCCGGCUCGCGCUCCUCUGCAUGCAAAGACUUGGAGUACGGCUGUUUGAAGAUCCCACCCAGGUGUAUGUUUGACCAUCCAGACGCAGAUAAAACCCUGACUCACCUGAUAUCAGGGUUUGAAAAUUUUGAGAAGAAAAUCAACUACAGAUUUAAGAAUAAGGCUUACCUUCUGCAGGCUUUCACCCAUGCCUCCUACCACUACAACACUAUCACUGAUUGUUACCAGCGCUUAGAAUUCCUGGGAGAUGCAAUCUUGGACUACCUCAUAACCAAGCACCUUUAUGAAGACCCGCGGCAGCACUCGCCGGGGGUCCUGACCGACCUGCGCUCUGCUCUGGUCAACAACACCAUCUUCGCGUCCCUGGCUGUGAAGUAUGACUACCACAAGUACUUUAAAGCUGUUUCUCCUGAGCUCUUCCACGUCAUUGAUGACUUUGUGCAGUUUCAGCUUGAGAAGAACGAGAUGCAAGGGAUGGAUUCUGAGCUUAGGAGAUCCGAGGAGGAUGAAGAGAAGGAAGAGGACAUUGAAGUUCCAAAGGCCAUGGGGGAUAUUUUUGAGUCCCUUGCUGGUGCCAUUUAUAUGGACAGUGGGAUGUCGCUGGAGAUGGUUUGGCAGGUGUACUACCCUAUGAUGAGGCCACUGAUAGAAAAGUUUUCUGCUAACGUGCCCCGUUCCCCUGUGCGAGAAUUGCUCGAAAUGGAACCAGAAACUGCCAAAUUUAGCCCGGCUGAGAGAACUUAUGAUGGGAAGGUCAGAGUCACCGUGGAAGUAGUAGGGAAGGGGAAAUUUAAAGGCGUUGGCCGAAGUUACAGGAUUGCCAAAUCUGCAGCAGCACGAAGAGCCCUGCGAAGCCUCAAAGCUAAUCAACCUCAGGUUCCCAACAGCUGAAGCCCCCUUUUAACAGCAAACACCCCCCACAAUAAAACAGAAUUAAGGGGAAAUAUUUAAAUCAAAAGGAUGAUUUAAAAUUGAUAUUGACCAGAAUGAAUUGAAGGCAGAAUUUAAAAUUUGUUUGAUAACAUAAUAGAUGACAGAAUAAAACAUUUAACGUAUGUAUAAAAUUUUUGGAACUAAUUGUAGUUUUAGUUUUUGCGCAAACACAAUCUUGUCUUCUUUCUUCACUUCUGCUUUGUUUAAAUCACAAGAGUGCUUUAAUGACAUUUUAGGAAAUGGGCAGAAUAAUUAUCGACAGUUUUCAUUUUGUUCUUUUUGUGUGUGUGUUUAAUUUCUGUCUGCUUUGCUUAGUGUUAGAAUGCCAUGGAGCUUAAACUUCAAACAGCCCCUAGAUUUGGAGAGUCCUCUGAGCACCCCUCCAUUUGUGCGAUAGUGCCAGUCCUGUGAUAGUCGGUGAGCCCCAUAGAAGGAGACGGUUUGCAGGAGGUGUUUGCCAGUGUUGUCUUCUUUUCAUGUUACCCUGUGUGAGGAUGUUCCUGGUCACUGUUGCACUUCCUAGUAAGGGAUAGAUUUUUAUUUGGCAUUGGCUGGCAUGUUGGUAAAUAAAUUUGAAUUUUCUGAUACCACAUAGUCCCACAUAACACAGGUUCUUGCCUUAAAAGUAAAGUCUUCAUGGGUAUUUUAAUUUCUGACCUGUUGGAACAAAGUAUUUUAUAUUCCCUUAAUUUUAUCAUGCAUUAGAUGUUGAGACAGAGUGAUUACUACAGCUCACUAGUAUAGUUGUACCUUAAAUUAUUACAAGAUUAUACUAGCAUUUCUGUCAUGUGUGUACUGAAGACAUUUGAAAAAUCAGAAUAUGUAGUCUAUGGAUUUUCGUAAACAUGAUAAUAAAAAGGAUCUUUGGCUAAAUACUCAAUUUUGGUAAUAAAAAAAAAAAAAAAAAAAAAAAAAAAAAAAAAAAAAAGAACAGAAAAACCCCAAAACCUCCUGCUAGGUAGUUCCACUGGUGGAAAUGUUUGUGGCAAAUAAUUUUGCCACGUAGGCUGUUAUAACAAGAUAAACCUUAGACAUAUCACACCUAAAAUAUGCUGCAGAUUUUAUAGUUGAUUGGUUACUUACUUAAAGAAGCAAACAGAGCACCUUUACUUAGUCUUCUCACAAAUUUCUUACUGUGCUUUUCAAAUGUUGCAUGCAUAUUUCACCUACCAAAGCUGUGCUGUUAAUGCCAUGGAAGUUUAACGAAAUUUGCGAUAAACUGCCAUAAUUUUGAUACAUCUGUGAUUUAAGUCAUUAAUUUAGAUAAACUAGCUCAUUAUUUCCAUCUUGGGAAAAAGGAAAAAAACUCAACACUUUUAGGCAUUUGCCUAAGUUUCUUUAAUUAGACUUGUAGGCACUCUUCACUUAAAUACCUCAGUUCUUUUCUUUUGCAUGCAUUUUUCCCCUGUUGGUGCUAUGUUUAUGUAUUAUGCUUGAAAUUUUAAUUUUUUUUUGCACUGUAACUAUAAUACCUCUUAAUUUACCUUUUCAAAAGCUGUGGGUCAGUCUUGCACUCCCUUCGACAUACCAGUAGAGGUUUGCUGCAAUUUGCCCCAUUAAUUAUGCUUGAAGUUUAAGAAAGCUGAGCAGAGGUCUCAUUUUCUAGCAUGUUGUUCUGAAGUUGAUGCUUCAUGUAAUGCUGUAUUUACGUUUUAAAUUACAAUUGAUUUUUCCUGCACCAUCCACCCACAGAGAAAUGCCUGUGUCCACACAGAGAAACUGUCAGCUCUGCUUUCUAAGGAACCUUGGGUGAAGGGAGUAUUGAACUUCUCCAAUGUUAUUUGUUGUCUCUGAUCUUAAACUUAAAUUGAGAUCUAAAUUAUUAAAUGAGUUUUUAAGCAAAUGAAUGUAGGUGAUUUGCUUUAAAAAUAUUUAAUUCUGAUUUGGAACUUUAGAUGUCUAUUUGAUUUUUAAAAAACUAUGAAAUAUGGCAAGUUGAAACCAAGCAAUUCUUGAAUUAUAUAACUAUACACAGUUAACAAAUAAGGCUGGAUAAGAGUUUUAUUUGUGAGGGUGAUUUGUGAUCAUAUCACAGAUCUCUUAAUUUAUAAACUACCUGAUGCCAGGAGCUUAGGGCUUUGCAUUGUGUGUAAUGCAUAUAUUCCGGUGUUACGGGAUUCUCUUGCCUCUUGGCGCCAAAAUCAGAUUGUUUCACAAUUAUGAUUCCCGGUGGGAGAAAAUAUAUUUUAUAACCUUUAAGAAGAAUAUUUUGUGUUAAUACUAAAAAGUUUAGACUUGGAUAUGAUUAGGUCAUAUAUUCUCAGGGGUUCAAAUUUCCUGCUACCAUUCAAAAUGUCUUAUCGACGGCAAACAUUAGCUUGCUCUUUCUUCUUCUCUUUUUUUUUUUUUUUUUUUUUUGAGAAAAAUAGCUGAUUUUAACAGUUUGAACCAUUCUGUGAUUCCCCUGGUGGCUCAGUUAGAAAAAUAAAAUGUAUGAGUUAUACAUGAAAUGGUUAUGGAUGCUUUUGUGCUGCUGCAUUUUAAUGCUGUCAGGUUUUCCCCAGCUUAGUUUGUUGAGAUAUUUUGCGUUUGUCACUAAGAAAGAUGUCGCUUUCUGUUACCCCACUUUGCAACCAUGUGCACAUCCUUUUGCCUCUGUGAUCGCAGUGUGAGACAGAAUGUAGUGUGGAAAGGCUGGUGGGUGUGGCUGUGCCCAGCACAUGUGUAACGGACUGGCAAGGUGCAGCUUCGGAAAACAGCUGCAGAAAUCCCUUGUGAUGAUUGUGUACAGGUCAGUGGGCAUGACUUGCAUUGUAAAUGUUUUUAUUUCUUUUAUAAAAGACUCUGCAGUCCUAACUAUGCUGCAUUUUGAAUAGCUCCCUGCCCCCCGCCGUUCUGUUCAUGUAGCACAGAUAAGCAUUGCACUUGGUACCAUGCUUUACCUCAUUUCAAGGAAAAUGUGCUUAACUGAGAGGAAAAAAUGUGGUUUGGCCUUGCUGCUGUUCUGAUUUACCGAAUUUGAAAAAGAUAAUUAUAAUGUCUGCAAUGUGUCAUAUACUUGCACAACUUAAAUAGGUCAUUUUCGUUCGUGGCAUUGUUUCUAUUUGUGAAAGUAUGGCAAAGAUUUGUUAACUCUUAAUUAUGUUUUUAAAAUGUUUGUUAUUUUUGCAGUUAUGUGAAAUGAUUAAAUUUACAAUGACCCUUAAUACUCAUGUAAUUAUCCUUUAAAAUACUGAUAUUUUUGCUUCCUUAAUGAUAGCUUACCCUCAGAAAGAUUCAGAUAUCUCUGACUAAACAGCAAGAGACUUGAGACUACUUUGGUUGUGUUGGUUCAGUUCAUAAGUACAGCUCUUCACCCGGCAGUCAGCUCUGCAGCCAUCACCUGGAGUCAGUCCGUGGCUGCAGACUACAGAGAAGAAUGGAAACCUGGGCCCACCGCAGCUCACUCUGAUGGCCCAGUGAUUCAGAACUUCAUAUUUUGCUUGGUUUGGGGAUCUAAUCCUUUUAUACAGAAUUUAAGACAGCAAACUGACUGUGGCAUCUUGGUUUAUCUGCAUUUAGAACUGUUUGAUUCUUGAACUAGUUUGCGUUGUCUGGAGGAGAAACUCACGCCAUGUGUUAUUAUCUGUGUGGUUCUUUUAAUUGCAUCUAAAUAGGUAUAUUUUUACAGCCACUGAUUGUCUUUCUGGAAUUUAGUUAUUUCCAAAUAAAUUUCUUUAUUUUAUAUUGUAAUGAGAAAUUUUAAAGAUAAAAGCGUUAAGACCAAGAAUAGUGAAAUGAUUUUAAAAGUUGUUGGAGGCACCAGUAGCAGUAUCUAGGGAAUUUGUGUUGAGACCAUUAUGUUGUCUACUAGCAGUGAAAAUGAUCUUUCAGAACUAACUUGUAAGUGUAUUUUAAUCAUUACUUGUUUGUUUUUUCUGGUCCAUUUUUAUUUGGACAUCAACUACAGACGGUUUAAAUUUUAUAGAGGCACUCAAUUCACUGCAGCAGCAGGUUACAUAACAAAAAUGCAAAGGUGAACAGGAAGAAGGUUAUUGCCUUUGCUGCUGUAAAUGGAGUGAAGAAAAUAACUAAAAUCAAGUAAAACUAACAAUUUCAUUGACAAUAAAAUAUUUACCAUCACAUGCUGCAACUGUCUUUCAAGGAGCGUUGUGUAGUUCAUCCACAGUAAUUGUGCUGCAGAAAUUUGCAGACUGCACCUUACAGAUCACAGUUACCUUUAGUUGUUUUCUUUCUUUUCUUUCUUUUUUCCUUUUUUUUUUUUUUUGUAAUAAUUGUAGCCAAGUAAAUCUUCAAUAAAGUUAUGGUCUGUUCA